AGGGCUCCGUGAAGAAACUACCACUUCCAGCAUGCAAUGCGGGACGAAAGGCCUUCGCCACGGCGUUCUUGGAAACCGUAGUUCUAUGGAGAGGUGCUUUCGGUACCGGAGGCAGGCACGAUUCUCACGGAAACCGAGUUGCUAGACUGGCGAUUCCUGCGGGCUCGUGGGCCGCGACACCUAUGGAUCGGAGGGCGUGUCUUCGCAUCUUGAGAGCGGGGAGUAGGCGAAGGAGCCCACCGAUCUUAGAAAGACUACAAUUCCCACCCAGCCCCACGAGACUCGCCCUGGAAGUCCUCCAAGGGCAGGGAAAUAAAAGACAACGAACAUAGAAGGAAAGAUGGCUUUGUGCCAAGCAAAGCCCUACAGCAUGGAGCCACAGGUCACUCUAAAUGUGACUUUUAAAAACGAAACGCAGAGCUUUCUGGUUUCCGACCCCGAGAACACCACUUGGGCAGAUGUAGAAGCCAUGGUAAAAGUGUCGUUUGAUCUGAACACUAUUCAAAUAAAAUACUUGGAUGAGGAAAAUGAAGAGGUAUCCAUCAACAGUCAAGGAGAAUAUGAAGAAGCCCUUAAGUUCAGAGAGCAAGUGGUUAAAGAAACAGUUGAGAAGCUUGAGCAGAAAUUACAUGAGACGCUUGUACUCCAAAGCCCAACCUUGGGUUCCUGUCCAUCAGAAGUCUCACUGCCCGUUUCAGAUGAAACACUGCUUUUUCCAGAAAACCAAUUCAAUUGGCACAUUGCUUGCAGCGGCUGCCAAAGAAAAAUCAUUGGUGUGCGUUACCAAUGCAGCCUGUGCCCAUCCUACAACAUCUGUGAAGCCUGCGAGGCGGGGCCAUAUACCCACGACUCUAACCACGUCCUGCUGAAGCUGCGGAGACCUGUUGCGGGAUCCUCUGAACCGCUCGCUCACUCGAGGGUCUCUCCUCCUCGCCUCCCUGCUGCCCUGGAGCAAGUCAGGCUCCAGAAACAAGUGGACAAGAACUUUCUUAAAGCAGAAAAGCAAAGGUUGCGAGCUGAGAAGAAGCAGCGGAAAGCAGAGGUCAAGGAACUCAAAAAGCAGCUUAAACUCCACAGGAAGAUUCAUCUGUGGAAUUCUAUCCACGGGCUUCAGAGCCCCAAGUCUCCUCUGGGCCGACCCGAGAGCUUGCUGCAGUCUAGUACCCUGAUGCUCCCUUUGCAGCCCUGUGCCCCAGUCGUGCCAACCCUCAGCGCAGCAUUUGUGGAUGAGAAUGUGCCUGAUGGGACUCACCUUCAGCCAGGAACCAAGUUCAUCAAACACUGGAGAAUGAAAAACACAGGCAAUGUCAGAUGGAGCGCAGACACAAAGCUCAAGUUCAUGUGGGGAAACCUGACGUUGGCUUCUACAGAGAAGAAGGAUGUCUUGGUUCCCUGCCUGAAAGCCGGCCACGUAGGAGUUGUGUCUGUGGAGUUCAUUGCCCCGACCUUGGAAGGAACCUACACCUCCCACUGGCGUCUUUCUCAUAAAGGCCAGCAGUUCGGGCCUCGGGUCUGGUGUAGCAUCAGAGUGGAUUCUUUCCCCUCCACUGAGAGCCCUAGUGACAAUGACAAGGGCGUGGUCGGCUCAAGCAAAGAUGAUCCCACUUGCAGGCAGGAGGAAGCGUUUCUUCUGGCCAAAGACGAAACUCGGCUUGGCGAAGGGACUGAGCCAACAGAAGGGACAGGAACCCGCAUCCCUCGGACCAAAAAGGCUGCCAGCGAGAGGGAGCUCUACAUCCCGUCUGUGGACCUUCUGACUGCCCAGGACCUGCUGUCCUUUGAGCUGUUGGACAUAAACAUUGUGCAGGAAUUGGAGAGAGUGCCGCACAACACCCCUGUGGAUGGGACUCCCUGCAUGUCUCCUCUGCCACGUGACAGUCCUUUAAUCGAGAAGCCAGGCUUGGGGCAGAUACAGGAAGAGAGUGAAGGGGCGGGAUUUAAAGUACUUCCUGACUCCGCAGGGCCGGCAAGGAACAGGGCUGAGAGCGCUGCCUCUGGGGAGGACGCUGAAGAUGACCUGAGCGGGACCCAGUUUGUCUGCGAGACUGUGAUCCGGUCCCUGACCUUGGAUGCUGCCCCUGAUCACAACCCACCUUGCCGACAGAAGCCCCUGCAGAUGAAAUCUGCCUCCUCUGGAGGAGAGGGCCCCCUGGGUGAGGAGAGAGAGGAGAUUGUCCAUAUCGCCGAAGAAGAAUUUGCUGAGGAGGAGGAGGAGCUCAGUGAUGAAGUUCAGAGUCAGUGCUCUGCUUCCUCAGAGGACUACAUCAUCAUCCUGCCUGAGUGCUUUGACACCAGCCGCCCCUUGGGGGACUCCAUGUACAGCUCCGCCCUCUCUCAGCCGGGCCUGGAACGAGGGGCCGGAAGCGAACCCGCCGAGGCUGGGGAGAGACUCCCUGGAGGAGAGAAGCAGCCGCAGGGGCAGGACAUCAAUGACAUCCUCAUGACCUCACAGACUCUGGAAACAGUGCCCCUCACUCCAGAGGUGGUGGGGCCCCCACCUCUGCUGCCCAGGAGCCCCCCAUGUGUACAGCAGCCUGGUUGCACAGGAGCGGAGUUACCAGUUACCAUCCCGGAAGUUCCUCCAGCCCCUGCUCAGAUCAGAGGAGAGCCCAGAGGCUCGUCAGGACAUGCAAACAGCAGACGGAGGAGCUAUGACCACCCAAGGCACCACCACGGGACCGGCAUUGCUGGAGGGCUAGUGAAAGGGGCUUUGUCCGUGGCUGCCUCUGCAUACAAGGUCCUGUUUGCUGGGCCACCAGUCACUGCACAGCCAGUCGUUUCUGAAGACCAGAUGGCCGCUCUGAUGGCCCACCUCUUUGAAAUGGGAUUCUGUGACAGGCAGCUGAACCUCCGGCUGCUGCAGAAACACAAUUACAACAUCCUGCAGGUGGUGACAGAUCUCCUUCAGGUCAACAACAACGAGUGGUACAGCCACCGCUAUUGAAGAGUUUCUGUGUAUUAAAUAACUAACUGCCUGCUGCUCA